GUGAGUUCGAUCCAUAUGUUGUUAGCCGUUAGCCAUUAGCUGAGUGGAGUUGGUCAGCACAGAGUAUCAAUGGACACACAGCGGAGUUGAAACCACAUUUCGGAGCCUCUAAACGUAAGAGCAGGUGGAGGUGGGUGGAGCUUCCAGUGGUCAUGAUGGAGGAUACAGAUCCAGAUCUUUCCCCCUCCCCUUCAGAUCAAAACAGCUCCUCCCCUUCUCUCUCAGUGUGCUCUUCCCCCUCCCUGUCCCUCCCCUCCACCCCCUCCUCAUCCUCUUGCCCCGCCCCUGGACCUGCCCCCUCUGGUACGCCGCCGCUUGGCGUCAUCAGUGAAGGUCCAGGUGAGCUCAGUCUGGUGAUCGAUGCUGAGGUGGCACAGAGGGCAUGUCAAGAAGUCCUGCAGAAGGUCCGCAUGAAUCAGACUGAGGUGGAGGUGGACGUGGGUGGGUCUCAGAAUGGGGCGGGGCCAGAACCUGCUCUUAGUGUCACCAUUGUCAAACCGGCUCAGAUUCAGAUCCGGGAGGUAGAGGACGACCCUGGUUCAGUGAAGAGUGCCCGACGCCGGCAGAGACACAACCCUUCUAAACAGUCAUGGCUGCUGCGGCUGUUUGAGUCAAAACUGUUUGAUGUUUCCAUGGCGAUCUCCUACCUGCAUAACUCAAAGGAGCCGGGCGUACAGGCCUAUAUUGGGAACAGGCUCUUCAGCUUUCCACAUGAUGAUGUGGACUUCUAUCUGCCACAGCUGCUCAACAUGUACAUCCACAUGGAUGAGGAUGUUGGAGACGCCAUCAAACCGUAUGUGGUUCACCGCUGCAGACAAAGUAUCUCCUUCAGCCUUCAAUGUGCCUGGUUGCUCGGUGCUUACUCAUCGGACAUGCACAUCUCCACACAGCGACACUCUCGGGGCACCAAACUGAGAAAACUCAUAUUGUCAGAUGAACUCAAACCAGCUGGAGCUCGUGCUCGCCGAGAUCCCCUGGCUCUGACCCCCUUCUGCCCUGCUGUAUCUGGGAGUGGAGAGCACGGCCUGUCACCCUCCAAACGAACCCAUCAGCGCUCCAAAUCAGACGCCACCGUCAGCAUCAGCCUGAGUAGCAACCUAAAGAGAACAGCCAGCAAUCCAAAGGUGGAGAGCAGCCAGGAUGAGGACAGCAGCUCCAGCUCGGACAGUCUUGAGUUUGAAACUGGUCCUCCUGUCCGUCUGGCUCCUCAGAGGGAAUUCAUCAAGUCCCUGAUGGGUAUUGGGAAGCGUCUGGCCACGCUUCCCACCAAAGAGCAGAAGACCCAGCGGCUGAUCUCAGAGCUUUCACUUCUCAACCAUAAGCUGCCGGCCCGAGUGUGGCUGCCCACGGCCGCCUUUGACCACCACGUAGUCCGAGUGCCGCACACUCAGGCCGUGGUGUUGAACUCCAAAGACAAGGCUCCGUACCUGAUCUAUGUGGAGGUUCUGGAGUGUGAGAACUUUGAGACAUCCAGCGUUCCAAUACGGAUUCCUGAGAACCGCAUCCGGAGCACACGGUCAGUGGAGAACCUCCCAGACUGUGGCAUGACGGCAGAGCAGCGAGCCGGCAGCUUCUCAACGGUCCCCAACUAUGACAACGAUGAUGAGGCCUGGUCUGUGGACGACAUCGGAGAGCUACAAGUGGAGCUGCCGGAGCUCCACACGAACAGCUGUGACAACAUCAGUCAGUUCUCAGUGGACAGCAUCACCAGCCUGGAGAGCAAAGAGCCAGUGUUCAUCGCAGCUGGAGACAUUAGGCGGCGACUCUCAGAGCAGCUGGCUCAGACCCCCACCACCUUUAAAAGAGACCCAGAGGACCCCUCAGCUGUGGCCCUAAAGGAGCCAUGGGAGGAGAAAGUCCGGCGGAUCCGAGAGGGUUCCCCAUACGGUCACCUUCCCAAUUGGAGGCUGUUGUCAGUCAUAGUUAAAUGCGGAGACGACCUGAGGCAGGAGCUGCUGGCUUUUCAGGUUCUUCAGCAGCUACAGUCUAUCUGGGAACAGGAGCGAGUGCCCCUCUGGAUCAAACCCUACAAGAUCCUGGUCCUGUCUGCGGACAGCGGGAUGAUUGAGCCGGUGGUGAACGCCGUGUCGCUGCACCAGGUGAAGAAGCACAGCCAGCUGUCUCUACUUGACUACUUCCUGCAGGAGCAUGGAUCCCCCACCACUGAGGCCUUUCUCAGUGCUCAGAGGAACUUUGUCCAGAGCUGCGCCGGAUACAGCCUCAUCUGUUACCUGCUUCAGGUCAAGGACAGGCACAAUGGGAACAUCCUAUUGGACGCUGAAGGCCACAUAAUUCACAUCGACUUUGGCUUCAUCCUUUCAAGUUCACCAAAAAACCUGGGCUUUGAAACGUCUGCCUUCAAACUGACCACAGAAUUUGUAGAUGUGAUGGGCGGUCCUGAUGGAGACAUGUUUAAUUACUACAAGAUGUUGAUGCUUCAGGGUCUAAUCGCUGCCAGGAAACACAUGGACAGGGUUCUGCAGAUAGUAGAGAUCAUGCAGCAAGGCUCCCAGCUGCCCUGUUUCCAUGGUUCCAGUACGAUGCGAGGUCUGAAGGAGCGUUUCCACAUGAGUCUGACCGAGGAGCAGCUGCAGCUCCUGGUGGAUCAGCUCGUGGACGGAUCGAUGCGUUCGCUGACAACCAAACUGUACGAUGGCUUCCAGUACCUCACCAACGGCAUCAUGUGA